GGCUAGUCCUGGCUGGCCGGGCGGGGGUCUGGGGAUGGGGGCGGGCAGAGCUCCGGGCCGGUGAGCGCUGCGGCCGCCGUCCCCGCCGAGCUGCCGGGCAGCCGCGGAGGGGUCGUGGGCUCCCGCCCCACACCCCGCUCCGAGGGCGCCGAGGCCUCUCCAACCCGCUGCGUGGCCGCGAUGAACCGCGGCGGCAGCAACCCGGCGGCCGCCGCCAACUACCUGCUCUGCACCAACUGCCGGAAAGUGCUGCGGAAGGAUAAAAGAAUCAGAGUAUCUCAACCCUUGACAAGAGGACCAAGUGCCUUCAUUCCAGAGAAGGAGUGUUCUUUGUCUCUCGGUCGUAAGGUUGUCCAAGCAAACACAGUGGAUGAACGAACAAACUUUCUUGUGGAAGAGUACUCGACGUCCGGUCGCCUGGACAACAUCACGCAGGUGAUGAGUCUGCACACUCAGUACCUGGAGUCUUUCCUGCGGAGUCAGUUCUACAUGCUGCGCAUGGACGGCCCCCUUCCUCUCCCGUACAGGCACUACAUAGCUGUCAUGGCUGCAGCUCGACAUCAGUGCGCUUACUUGAUAAACAUGCACGUGGAUGAGUUUCUGAAGACUGGAGGAAUUGCUGAGUGGUUGAAUGGCUUGGAAUAUGUGCCACAAAGACUGAGAAAUCUUAAUGAAAUUAAUAAGCUGCUAGCACACCGCCCCUGGCUGAUCACGAAAGAACACAUUCAGAAACUUGUGAAGACUGGAGAACAUAACUGGUCCCUGCCUGAGCUGGUGCAUGCCGUGGUGCUUCUGGCACACUACCACGCUUUGGCCAGCUUUGUUUUUGGUAGUGGCAUCAAUCCAGAGAGAGAUCCAGAAAUCUCCAACGGAUUCCGGCUAAUCUCAGUGAACAACUUCUGUGUGUGUGAUCUCGCCAAUGACAACAGCAUAGAGAAUGCAUCUCUGACGGGCAGCAACUUUGGGAUUGUGGAUUCUCUAAGCGAGCUAGAAGCCCUGAUGGAAAGGAUGAAGAGGCUUCAAGAAGACAGGGACGAUGAAGGGACGACUCAGGAAGAAAUGACCACACGCUUUGAGAAGGAGAAGAAAGAAAGUCUCUUUGUGGUCUCCGGAGACACGUUUCAUUCAUUUCCCCGUUCAGACUUUGAAGAUGACGUGGUCUUAACAGCUGACGUCUCCCGAUACGUCGAAGACCCUGGCUUUGGAUAUGAGGACUUUGCCAGGCGAGGAGAAGAACACCUGCCAACAUUCCGAGCUCAGGACUACACCUGGGAAAACCACGGGUUCUCGCUGGUGAAUAGGCUCUACUCCGACAUCGGACAUCUUCUGGAUGAGAAGUUCCGAAUGGUCUACACUCUCACCUACAACACCAUGGCCACCCAUGAGGAUGUGGACACCACCACCCUGCGCAGAGCUUUGUUCAACUAUGUUCACUGUAUGUUUGGAAUCAGGUAUGAUGACUAUGACUAUGGAGAGGUCAACCAGCUGCUCGAAAGAAGCCUGAAGGUGUACAUCAAGACGGUGGCCUGCUACCCUGAAAGAACGACCAAGCGCAUGUACGACAGCUACUGGCGGCAGUUCAAGCACUCAGAGAAGGUUCAUGUGAAUCUGCUCUUGAUGGAAGCCCGGAUGCAGGCCGAGCUUCUCUAUGCCCUCCGUGCCAUAACUCGGCACCUGACCUGAAGCUCCACAGGGAGAAUGUCAGUGUGUGUAAAGACCUCUCCACGCGGAAUUUACACCAGAAGUUGUUUGUGAUACGGCAUCAAAAACUCUUCAGUUCUCUAGUGUCAAACUUUAGCCAUUGGGGGUUUUGGUUGUUUUGUUUUUGUUUUUGUUUUUGUUUUUUUUUGGCUGUAAUGUGCAAUGAUGUGUUUUAUAUUUCUUGAUGCUUAACAUUACUAACAACUGCAAAAAUAAUCCUGAGGAGCACUACUUUGCAUUGUUAAUAGUUGGAUUUCUGGAUUUGACCAUAAAUCAUGAACUGGUUUGUUAAUGCUUAACUUCAGUACUUUGGGGGUUGUAUGUAUGUGUAUUAUUUUACUUUACUUUUUAAAAAAUAGGGAAAGUGCUUACAAUCUGCUCAAGCAAUUGUUUCUCAGAUGUUGGAGUUCAACAAGAAUGGCCUCCUCUAGCUAUCCUAAAAUGCCCACAUUGUGUCCUAAGUCUGAUGGGAGAAAAGCAUGGGCUGCUGAAAGCUGCUUGGGGACAUGGUCCCAGUCCCUAGGAGGUCGUCAGGCACUGUUUGUAUGUUUGUGUGUUUACCUGAGUUUUUUCUUACAUUGCUAUUGGCGAUAACGUGAAAUGUGAUACAGACAUUGUCCAUAAUUUAAUGUGAAAUUAAUCAUGAUGAAUUCUAGAGCAUGCUACUGAAAAGCCAAAUUCAGCUUUUCUUUUCCUUCUGAAACAGAGGCCUCAGUUUUCCAUGUCAGAUGUAUAUGUGGCAGGGGAUGUGUGCACAGUCCUCUCCGUCAUGGACAGUGGUCCUCUGUCACCUCGAGCAGUCCAUGCCCACGUGCCGCUCACAGUUCACACGCUUGGCACAUACAAACCCACAUCCACACAACACUGACCAAAACGUUUCUUUGCACAUUUUUCCUUUCUCAGAGUUUUUUUCUAUAUUUCAGUAAGCAAAGGAAAGAUAAUGCACCUCUAUUUUUCCUGUUAGACUUUUAGAAAUUAUUUUACAUGAUUUCUUAUGAUAGGUUAGGCAGUUUAUUACUCAGAGGCAGAGCUUGUGUUUCUAUGCAUUACUGUGACUGAGCAACAGCAGCAAAGGGUGCAAUAUGUUCCUGAAACGUCACCCCAACUCUCCCCGUCAUGCACUGCAAAGUGUCCUUUUUUAACAGAGCCAUAAAGAAAUUUUCUUCAGAUUUCUUUACUGUGCUAGGUUGUUUUUCAGUUUUGCCUUACUGAGGUCGAACAAUGAUGUCAAUGCCAAAGCAUUCCUUCCUGAGAAAAAUCUCUGUGGACAACUGGUAAAAAAUUAAAAAUGCAUCAAGUCAUAGGGGAGAAAAAGCAGCCAGAAGUCACACUUUGCGUGGCUUUCCAUUGCUGGAUGGCCUGUCUUCAAAGAGCACAACUGAUCCAAAGCUUUACUUUACCCUGUUGUGUUCAUGAAGGUGAAGUGCCUCUUGGCCAGUGGCCACAGCCACACAGCACCGAAAACACUCUGCUUAAUGGGGCGACUUGAGUUUCACACACGGUUAUUCAAAGACAUACCCACCUUUUCAUGUAAGGCAGGUCGUCCCCUACAUAGGGGAGCUUUUCCCUGGCCGUUCCCGUAGAGAUCUCACUUCGAUUCACUACUUCAGCAGGACGCACAUUUUUCUCCGAGGAAGGAGCUGUGGUGGUGUUUGGAGGCGCGUGCUCCCCUCCAAGGUCAUUCUCUCCUGGCGUAAAGCAUCCGCUUCCUUUCCUUGAGGCCUUGUUCUGGAGAGAACCAAGGCAGCGGUGGCCCCUGACGUAGGCGGUCCUGCGCUCUUAGAUUCCAGGAUCUCGUUUGAAAUCUAACAUGUGAGGAAAAAGUCACUAGUAUUUUCUGAAGACAGGAUGGUUUAUUUAAAGAAAUUAUUUGAAGAACUUGUGCCAGGUUUCCUGUGUUUUGUUUGUGGUGUAUGUUGAUUUCCUUCAGCACCACAUUUUUGGGGUGUUUUUACUACAAGGAAAGUAUUUAGAAGAUGGGAAAACACAAGUGGCAGCCUGAAUGUCCAUCCGAGUUCCCCAACUUCAAGAUGUCCAAGUGCAGGGUAUAUUCACUCACUUAUUUUUGCAUUUGCUUCCUUAAGUGUUAGAAACAGUUCCUCUUGCUAGCCCUGUGUGUGUGCCAGUGAGCUGUGUUACAGGAUGAAGUCCUGUUGAUGUUGACGAAGAGGAGAACUUUGCGCAGAACGUCCAGUGAACUUUACACCGAAAGGGAAACGAGAUUCAAGUAGCUGGAGUGUCCACUUGCUUUUCGUUUUUGUUUGUGUUUUGCCCCAGAAAUGUAAGUAGUUAGAGAUUGGGUUAUGGAAACGUUAGUGCCUUUAAUAGAUCUCUCUCCUAGAAAAAUCUUUUUAGUUCAACAGACCUAUCAAUAAUCAGGAAAAGAGGUUGACUUGGAACUAUUAACAAAAACACAGCAAUGUAUUUAUGAACCUCAGUGAACCAACCUAGAAAAAUUGAUUUGUGAAGGUGGCUUCUCCGCUGUAGCUGCACAGGGUCUCGGGGCAGACAGGAGUUGGCCGUCAACCUCUCUAUCCAGUGCAGACUUGAAGUUCUGAUGCGGUUUUCCAGGGUGGAAUUUUUCAGAGUAUUGAAUUUACAUUGUAGUAAUUUAUAGUGUAGCUUUUUAUAUUAAAAUGUGAUAUUUUUAAAAAGAGCUAUCUGGUUCAGUUGGUAUAACUGUAUGAUCGUAUGGCAGGCUGGCCUUCACUGACUCACAUUGUGCCAAAUCAAAGUGUGCAAGUGUGUGUGAGAAAGCACAUGAGAAUUGAACCCUCGACUCCCUGCUUACUAAGUUAAAGUUAGCCUGACAAUCCACUGAUGUGCACACUUCAACAAUGGCUACUUAUUUUAGAAUUUCAAGUUCACUAGCUUCUGUGGUAAUCUUAAUUUCUCAAUCACUUUAAGAAAUCUCCAGAGAGGCAAGUGUGGUUGGCACAGGCCUGUAAUCCCAGCAUGUAAGGCUGAGGCAAGAAAUGGUGAUUUUGAAGACAACCUGGUAUACAUAAUGAUUUCAAGGCCAGCCUGAGCUACAUAGUGACACCCUGUCUCAAAAAGUAAAGAGAAAAGAAAGAAAAAGUGGUAUGGACUAUCCUCCCACAGGGAAGUCCGUCUGCUCUUUGCCUAUGGGGGGUGAUGAGUGCUCUCAGACUGGCUUCUCAGACCAGCUUCCCCAGGUAUCCUAGGGGUACUUGGAAGGAAAGAGACUUUGGGAUCGGGGUACUUAGGGUACUCUGUAAAUCAGAGGUAGCCAGCAUGGAGCCCAGGCGUAGCCUUAGCGUUAACCUACUGUGUUAAACCCAAGAAUGGCACAGCUGUACAGGGCUAUUUUUAAAACAGAAAGUUCAAUGUAAGAUUUAUGUAAAAGUCACGAAAAUUGGAACCAGAGCCCUAUUUUGUUUGUGUUAUAAUAUCUCCUAAAGAUUUUGCAUAAUUCUAAAGUCUAAUUAAUACUGUUUAUUCCAGAGCAAUGCUUUCCUUUCCCACCAAAGGUUUUGUUAAUCCAAAAGCUUAGAUUUUUAUGCCACAGCAAAGUAAAUUAUCAGCAAACAACUACAGAUCUGUCCUUGAAGUAGGCCAUCACUUUCAGUGGCAAAUGCAUUCCUAUGUUGAUGGCAAGUUUCUUUUAAACUCUAACAAUGCAGGAAAAGAGCAAAUCCCAGUGCAUGACAUAGAAAUGCUGUGCACUGUGAUACCAAAUGAGGUUUUUCUCUUAUGUUGUGUUUUAAACACAAUUCUAAAUCUGCUCUCUAGAAAGCAAGACCAUGUUCUUCAUAAUAGGCCGUUUUCAUCUUCUAUGAAAAGGGUGGUCUGGCACGAGUCCAAGCACAUGCAACAGUCUGCUGUGUGAUACGCAGAGAACUUUCCCAGCAGUGCAGUUCAGUAGCAAGCAGAAAGGCAUGUGGCUCCUCUGUCUGUUAGAUGGAGUGUUAAGUUACCUGUUUCUGUAACUGGAACUGUGCUAGGCGCCCCUCAUCCUGGACUGUUUCCUUGCUAUACCUCUGUGGAGACUCAGAAUCAAAUCAUAGUCUUUCCUUCAAGCAGUAACAUGAAUGUAUUUUGUCAGUCAAUAGAACUUAAACACCCGCUGCAUUUGUAGCGUAUUUCAUGCUGUUUAGGCUCCGUUACAUAGUACCUGCUUAGGUCAGACCAAGAACAAAAACAGCUGGUGUGGAGUUGUUAAGGUGGCGGUAUGUGCCAAGGCAGAGGCCUGUGAGGAAGGAAACAUUCCAAGAGCACUUGGAACUUAGUUCAGAGAGUCUGGCUGACUCUUGGAGCUAGCGUAAAGGAAGCAUUUCCUAGGUGGGAUGCUCCCACCUGCAUUCCCCACCCUUCCCUGCCUGCCAUCUCCUCCUCCAAGUGCCUCAGCCUCCACACACUAGCUCUCCUUCCCUUCCCCAGCCCAUCUUGAUCUGAAUGCCUUUCACAUCUGAACAUCACCAGCCUCCUGCUGAUUGUCACCAGCAUGUUCUUUUCUGGGUUAUUUUUUCCCCUCCAGAGUAAGGCUUUGUCCCAGCUCACUCCAGUUCUCUUCCAUCGGUCUGUAUUUUACCUGACUUUCGCCCUGGACACCCACGAUGUCACAGGCACCGCUGUUCCCGCCCACCUCCGGCUGUCUCCAUCCUUUCCCAGCUGCCAAAAUCCCUUGCUCUCCUCUACCUCAUCCCCAAAGAGCCUGUAAACCCCAGGCACCCAGCCUUCUCCUAGGCUCACCUCUUGUUGAGUAAUAACUACUUCCAUAUUUUAAAUAAAUCAUAAAAGAUUUUUGCCUUCUACAAAGUAGGAAUCUUUAUAUUUAUACAUGAUACAGAAAUUGAACUAUUUCUACCAUGCAGAAUUUAACAUUUAGUAGGAAUUCAAAGUGAUUGAAUUGCCAUCCUAACUUGGAUCUAUAUUAGAUAAUGAAUAUUGGUCCAAGUUGUUUGAAUGUAGAGUUAAAAUUCUCCAGCAAUCCAGACUGACCUGUAACCCUGUAGUGGGACACACAAAUGAAGUAGUUUUCAGACCUUGGUUUUAUUGGUGUUUGGGCCUCAAGACCCAUUUUUCAUAGAAGGAUUAUGACAAAAGGUGUUGAGAGGGUCAGACUGGAUCACAUAAGCCUAUCUGAUUUAUGAUGUAGAUAAAAUCCCACAAAACUGGGUACACAAGGAUUUGAGUUGCUUAGAUAAGCAUCUAACCUCCCUCCCCUGUUCUUAUUGGGAGAAAGGAUUAUCCCGUGAGAUUAAAAGGAAAUGCUUUGACUUACAGUCUUGAUUGUCCUAGCUGCUUCUCCAGGUACGUUGGCAUUGGUGUCAUUAGGAAAGGGGGUGUACAGAGGAAGAGGUGCACCCUCCUCUCCCAGCCAGACAUAAACUGUCAGAUUCCUAGUGGAGAUGCAUACCUAUGUAGAAGGCUGUCCAACCCGAAGGCGAACCACCCAUGGAAGUAGAGUUUGCCAGCUCUGAUGGUACUCGGGUACUUCCACCUUGGUCUUGAGCAACCCAAUCUGGCGUGCCCAGUAAAUGCCUGUAAGGGCCCAAGAGUGAAGCAGAGGCCUGGUUAGGGAAUAAGACUUGGCGACUGAAAGAUUCAUUAAGUGAUACAACACUCUGGCUUUAACUGAACUGUGACUUCACCGCCAUCAAGUACAGAAUGGCAAAGGAGAGGUGCGUGGGGGUGGGGGGGCACAGAAAGCUUCUGGCUCUCGAAUGCUUGUAGAAACCUUGGAGGCAGUGCAACACGUGUAAGAACUGCAGAACACACACCCCAUUUUAUAGUUCACAGGACACCACACAUGAGGAAUCUAAAUAUGAUAAAUAUAAUUUUGGUAUGUAAAAUUUUGCUAAAACAGUCUAUUUUCUUGCUCAAGUUAACGUCUUAAAAGUGAAUGUAUAAUUUCUACAGAAAGAAUAUUAAAGAGGAAGAGACUCUGGUCUUUAAUGUUAAAAUGUUCCUGGGUACUGAAGAGUUAAAUGUACACCUCAUAUUCAGAGUAAAACUGAUUUUGUAAUCCAUCUUUACAAAUUUUAACUAGUGCUCCCAAGUCUGAUAAAAGAUCAAAAGGUAGGAUGAAAAAAAGGUAUGAGUUGGGUAGGCAAGAAGUUUUCUUUGUAAAGCAGACUGUUUCCUUUCUUAAUUUCACUGGCUCUCCAGAAUAGAAGCUGAGCUGGAUGGCACCUCGUUCACCGAGGAGAGUGGUCCAUCUCUCCAUCUGGUGCAGAUACGUCCUUGAAUUCAUGUCUUCAGGAGAGAAAGUACACUUCCCUUCCUCUUUUCACAUUUACUCUCUUAACCCAAAUCAAAAUCAGUGUGAAAGCAGUCCCAGGCCACUUGGCACCUCCUCUGUGCUAAGUGAAUAGGCACACAGAGUCUGGACAAGGUGAACAGGAACCCUGGCAGGUCACCAUGGAGUGUGGCCGCUUGAUUAGCUCCUUCAAACCUGAAAGUAACUUUCCUGGUCAUGGAAGAACUGGAUGCAUCUUUUAUGAAUAGGAUUUGGACUUGAACACCCUCUCUGAAUCCUGAUUCCGCAGGGUAGCUACAUGAUGAAUGUAUAUAUUAUGACUUCGUAGCUGAGUUGCACACAAAAUCAGAUUGCCGACUUCUUGACUUCCAUUUCAUCCUUCAGUUGUGAGCGAUAUAUGUAGCAUGCUGUGAAAUGUCGAUUCUAGUGCUUUGUUCAGUAUUAAUACAGAAUUACCUUUGAGUUCCUUGGUACUUUUAGUUCAGUGUAAUCAGAAGCUGUGAUGUCUGCCUUUGUAGUCCUGUGCUUUGUUACUGUAACUUUUUUAUGAAGCACGUGACUUUGGACUAAUGUAAGGCGGAGGACAUGAUCUUCGAGACUGCUAUAUAUAUCAGUCUCUUACUCUAUAAGGUUUUGAAUUAGAAUAAGAUUUUUCCCAAUAGAUCACUGAUGCAAUUUAGGAUUCACAGGUUUCAUUGUCAGAGGGCAGUCUUACAGCUUCAAUUCUGAAAAUAGAAAACUCAACAAACAGCCACUUUAAACUUUUUCUGGCAAACCAGACCCUGCUGUCCAUGUAGUCUAAAGUAGUUAACCACAGAAGCCUCUUCAGCUCCGAAUGCCCUCCAGGAGUCUGCAGCUAAGGGGACGGUAGGGCCCGUGAGAGCUUUUUGUACGUAAAAUUAGGUUUGAUUUUUCUAUGUUGCUGAUUUUACGGUUCUGACUAAAGCUGGCCUGAAGGGCCGCUUAUGUGUAAUAUUCUAGUGUGUGAUGCCCUUCCUUGCUGUUUCCCCCCCCCUUUAUUUUUGAGGGAUGGGUAAUAUUAUUUGAACAGAAGGAACUGUUAGUGAAUCAAGACAAACACAUCUGAAAUAAAGGAACUGUGUAUUAACAUGUAACAACAAUUCAUAACUGCACUUUUUAUGACAUUUUGAAAAUCUAUUUAUAGGUACAGAACAAUGGGUUUUGUUAAACUGUAUCACAUUUAUACCUGCAGAAAUUUAUUUCAUUGUUAUUAGUAGGAAUUUUAUUGGUUCAAUAAAAUUGGCAAAACUGAA